CUAUGCAUCGUGGGGCUUUCCAAAUUUUUAUUACUUGUAUUUUUUAUUUCCACAAGUAUUGGUUGUCAGUUACGGGUUUUGAAUAUGGCUAAUCAUGAUUUGCGUAUAUGCAGUGCCGACCUAUCCGAUGGACAGCAAAGUGGACCACGGAUUCCUGAGCACUGCACGGUGAAAUGCGUGAUUACGCGUAAUACAUGGAAGUGUGUUAAGGUCGCCCUAUGUUUCGCAACAUUUACGCUCUUGACGACUCUGGUGCGAUUUUUUUUACUUGUUGCGACUGCCGGUUUCAGCGAAGACUUUAUCAUCAAUGAUAUACCGGAACCUUCCCGGAAGAAAGUGUGGAUGGUCUUACAAAUGCCAGCAAUCAUCAUUCAGAUGCAUUAUUUCUUGCACCCCGUCGCCGCAAUGAUCGAAAUAAUACGGAUAUUUGUACACUUGCAAAACUUUCGCCAAAGUUCUGCUGUAUUGCCCAAUAUGUCAACGUAUACAACAGCCACAGCGUAUUGGUGGAAGACGUGUCAAAGGAUGUACGACGAAGUUCGCUCGGGGAAGUAUGUGCCGAUUGUCAAUAUGGGUUACGUCGCUAGUCUUGUUUUCGUCGGAUUUACGACGGAGCUGCUGGACGGUCAACGUUCUAUGGACGCGCAUAAACGAAUCUUCAUACCGAUGGUGAUCAUGGAAAUGAUGAAUUUCGCCGUUGCCUGGUUCUACCAAAAGGAAGUGAAUAACCUGGGGUCGGCUAUCCUCGAAGAGUGGUACCAUCAGAAGACCAAAGUUUUCGUAGCGUGUACGGAUGAUAACAUGACAGACAUGGCGCAACUGCUCUGGUCAACCAAUGCGAAUCCGACCACCCGAAGAUAGAUGUCAAUGCUGUCAAAGCCGUAAACACCCUUGGCCACGGGUCCAUUAUUUAAAAAGGGUCUUGUCUUACGUACAAUGUACAAAUGCCGAAUCACUUAUGGCGUGUGCGGGUGUUUCUUAUCUGUGUCGCGUCAG